CUGCUUUCUAACCACUCACUACUCAAAUGUCACAUUUGUCUGCCAGCAUGGCUGACAAAAUGCAUACAAGAGAGAUAUUGACUGUGUUAGUUUUGUGUAUAUUAUGGUACAUAGUUAGUUCUAGUAACAAUGUUGUUGGUAAAAUGGUUCUCAAUGACUUUCCUUAUCCAAUGACUGUAACAAUGGUACAGUUACUCUCCAUAACUUUGUAUUCAGGGCCAUUUUUCAAUAUGUGGGGUGUGAGGAGGUUUGUUGAUAUUAGUUGGUCCUACUACUUCAAAUUUAUAGUUCCUCUCGCUUUAGGAAAAUUUAUGGCAUCAAUAUUCACUCAUGUCAGCAUCUGGAAGGUUCCAGUUUCAUAUGCACAUACUGUGAAAGCUACAAUGCCUCUCUUUACUGUUGUUCUAUCCCGUUUAAUCAUCGGAGAAAAACAGACAACGAAGGUAUACUUAUCACUAGUUCCGAUCAUCACAGGUGUAGCAAUUGCUACAAUGACUGAGCUUUCGUUUGAUUUGACUGGUCUACUCAGUGCUUUGGCCGCUACCCUUCAACAUUCCCUGCAAAACAUAUUCUCCAAAAAGGUUUUACAUGACACUGGGAUUCAUCAUCUUCGUUUGCUGCAUAUUCUUGGUCGUCUUGCUUUGUUUUUGUUCUUCCCAGUCUGGCUGUUCUUUGACUUUCGAAAUGUCAUGAAUGAAAAAAUAUUUGUAUCCAAAGACAGCUAUCGCAUCAUUGCACUGUUGCUCACCGAUGGAGUGCUAUCGUGGCUACAGAACAUUCUGGCGUUCAGUGUCAUGUCGCUGGUGACAUCGCUUACAUAUGCAGUCGCAAGCGCCAGCAAACGCAUCUUUGUCAUCGGCGCAUCAUUGCUAGUCCUGGGCAACCCUGUGACUGGCACCAACGUGUUUGGAAUGGGCCUCGCGAUACUGGGUGUCUUGUGCUAUAAUAAGGCCAAAUUUGAUGCGAGGCAUGAAGAAAAACAGAAAACAAUCCUCCCAUUUUCUCAGAAGAACAACUGGCAAUCAAACGGUGUUCCUUACUCAUCAGUACCCUCCUUCGACUCGUAUAAACUACAAGAUAACUCUCACAGCCUCAAUAACAACGGGAAAAGUGUCCAUUUUGUGUAGGCCAGUAUUAAGCUUUACUUACUUUGACUUGUAAAUAUGCUAUGGUUAUUUAAAUUUGUCUUAGAGUUUCUUUUAUUAUUUAUCUGAAAUUGUGAUAAAAUUCAAGAAAUGAAAUAUAUUAUUUUGUAUAUAAUUUUAACUUGGUUGCAAAGCAAUCAGUUUUGUAUGUGAAUUGGGUAGUUUUAAUUGGAUUGAAUAACUUAUUUUUAUUUGAUUCAAUUUUUUAGUAUAAACACUACUUGGUACACUGGCAUAAUGUAUUAAAAUAUUAUUUGAACAUUUCACGAAAACACAAAAACUCUGUAUGUAAGCCCUAAUGAACUAUGAACCUUUUACAGGAGAUAGUUGAUUAUGCAGUACAUUGGCCUACUACUUUGAUUUUCCAGCAAAUAUUUUAAUUUUCUUGAAAAUACUUAACUAAUUGUUUAAAAAAGUAAGACACAAAAUUUAAUAAAUUGUGUUUAAAUUUUUCUUUUAGGUAUAUUUUACUUUUAAAUUAUUGAAGUGUCCCACCAGGUUAGCAGAAAGUUAGGAAUAAGCACAUUUGUUAGCAAUCAUCUUCAUUAUGGAUAUUAGGCCCUAACUGCUCAAUUAGGCCGGUCAAUCUGUAUAGGAAAAUGUUAAGUGAGAAUCAGAAGCAAAUGGUAGAGAGAUUCAUGUGAUAAUAGGAGGAUAUUACAGCCUAAAAUAGAUUUUGUAACCUUAUGAAAACCAAAUCACUGAUCACUUACUAGUGGUUGGUUGAUAAUGAGGGCUGUUGUAAAUUCUCAUAAUAAUAAGAUAGACUUCUCAGCCUUUUGAACAAUCCGGCGCUUUUUUUUGUGUUAAUUUCUGGUAACACUAAAAUGUGCUGAUAUUAUUUACAGAUUCUCUUUUAUUUUAGGACAAAGUUUAGUGUGUACUUUACCUGUUGGUAAAUCUACUUACACGUAGCGUUUAGUUCUCAUUAUCCAAUAGUCAAUGGUUCUGUCAUACUAGCUUAUGGAUAAGCAGUAUUAAUUUAAUACAUUGUUCUAUUCUGUGUUAUUUAUUUUAAAUAAUAAUUAAAGAAAAGAGAUCAACAUACUCAAGCAUAA